AUGGGCAAACGCGCACAGUCUCCCGCCUACGUCUUGGGCGUUGGCAUGACCAAGUUCAUCAAGCCACGCGGAAAGGUUGAUUAUCAUGAGCUGGGUUUCGAGGCUGGUGUCAAGGCCAUGUUGGAUGCCCAUAUAACCUACGACGAUGUUGACCAGGGUGUAGCAUGCUACUGCUACGGAGACAGCACCUGUGGCCAGCGAGUAUUCUACCAGUUCGGACUUACGAAGAUCCCCAUUUACAAUGUCAACAACAACUGCUCCACGGGUUCAACCGGCCUGGCUAUGGCUCGCACCAUGGUCUCGCACGGUGCUGCGGACUGCGUGCUCGUGGUUGGAUUCGAGAAGAUGAGCCCCGGAAGUCUCUCUUCCAAAUUUGACGACAGAGAGAACCCCACUGGCAAACUAGGCGAGAUGAUGUUUGCCACCAGAGGACUUACCAAUGCUCCAGGAGCUGCCCAGAUGUUUGGUAAUGCUGGUGUUGAAUAUAUUGAGAAAUAUGGCGCAAAGGCCGAGGAUUUCGCCGAAAUCGGGCGUAUCAACCACGAACACUCGAAACGAAACCCAUACUCCCAAUUCCAAACCGAGUACACCCUCGAGCAAGUCGCCAACGCACCCAUGAUCCACUUCCCCUUGACCAAGCUCCAGUGCUGCCCAACAUCAGACGGCGGUGCCGCAGCUGUAGUCGUCUCACAAGCCUUCCUCGACGCCAGACCACACCUCAAGAGCCAAGCUAUCCUCAUAGCUGGUCAAUGUCUCGCCACAGACACCCCUUCAGUCUACAACCAAAGUUCCAUCAGUCUCAUGGGCUUUGAGAUGACCCGAUAUGCCUGCCAGACAGCCACUGCCGAAGCCGGCGUGAACGUCAAGGACGUCAAGGUCUGCGAACUACACGAUUGUUUCUCUGCCAACGAGAUGAUCACCAUCGAUGCGCUGGAGUUAUGCGAGCCAGGAAAGGCUCACGAGAUGGUUCGGAAGGGCGACAUCACAUACGGCGGAAAGAUGGUUAUCAACCCCUCUGGCGGCCUGAUUUCCAAGGGCCACCCGCUAGGUGCGACUGGUAUCGCUCAGUGCGCAGAGUUGGUCUGGCAUCUGCGUGGUUGGGCCAACAACCGUCUGGUUAAGGGUACUGAUGUUGCUUUACAACAUAACCUCGGUCUCGGUGGUGCUGUCGUUGUCACGGUGUAUAAACGUGCAGACGGCAAGGCGUCUACGGAGGUAUCCAACGAAGAAGUUGGAAAGAUAAACCAGCUUGGACAUAACCCUGCUGUUGAGGCGAAGGGAUUCACAGCCGAACAAGCCACCAGAGUGCUCAGCAAGGAAAACCGCAGCGAGUGGGCUAUGGGAGAUACCCAGGAGAAGGUGCUCGCCCGUUUUUAG